AUGAAGUCAACAUUACUUGGCUUCGCCGCCCUCGCCGCCCUCGUGGCGCCCGCUGUCGCCAUCCCCCUCUUCUCUACCGACUCGGGCUUUGCCCCUAACAAUGACACCACCCACUACGAAUCGGUGCGUUCCAAAGGGGGCGUCGUCCCGGCCAAGGUUAUGGAAGAGGCCUGCCUAAAGUGGUGCCCACGCGUCGUCCCCGGGCUCCAUGCCUACAAACAGCCCGCUACAUUUGCCUGCAGGCUCCGCUGCCGCUCAGACGCCUACCGGGUGAGCCGCCAGGAAAACUCGGAAGACGCCAAGAAUAAAACCCGAGUUAAGGAGUUUUUCCGCGAGCCAGUCGUCCCGCUUGAGCUCGGGCUGUUCCUCAAGAAGCACCGCUUAUUCAACACGACCGGUAUCGAGAGCCGAAGCGAGGACGGCAUGGCUUCUCAGGUUGCUGCCGGAGGAGAUGACGUUAAGAUAGACCCCAAAAAGCCGAAGCGCAACCCCUGCGCCUGGCCGUCUGAGUGGGACAAUUCCUCGGAGAGCCAAAGGGAGAUGGAUGCCUGUCUCAAGUCCUGUCCCGUCGGCUCCUUCUCCGGCGCCUGCCUGCACCCUUGCUUUUUGGAGAUUACGGAGAGGCGGUGCGGAGAGAAGAGGGCAAAGGAGUACGAGCACGAGGGUGCAGAGCACUGGGCCGGGAUCCGGAGGCAGUGGGGGCCGUUCAUUCCGGGGGUUCCGGAAAAGUUGGUGAAGCUACCCCAAUUCCUCAUAGAUUAUCCUCUCCCCCCUCCCAAUUAUCCUGGUGGUCUCCAUAUUAUUCCCAACGAAGAACCACUCCUGGACUAA